AUGACUAACUCUUUACCUUUGGUGAUGUUGUUGGAACUAGCAGGAGUUGUCUUUGAGAAUCUGUGUUGUGGAAACUGCGAUAAGCGCCUUAAAGUCAAUAGUGCCAGAACUGUUCCUGAUGAUCAGAAAUUGGUUACAGAACUGCAGACACAGCUGGUAAAUUCAGUCAUCCUGCAAAGCUCACCAGAUCCCAGUGUCCUGAUUGCUUUGAAUCUGGCUGAGGCACUGGAUCCCCACGUGAAAAUGCAACUGAUUGAGAAGAUAAAGGAAACAGUUGUUGAGAAGAACACAAAAGAGAUGACAUCUGGCAAAGUGGCCCUUUAUGUUCUAGCCCUCCAGUCAUCCUGUGAGAAUCCUGAUGAUGUCACUACACCAGAAAAUACUGUGAACUUGGUCAGUGUCCUAGAAGAAAAAACUAAAGAAGAGAUUACCCAUUUUGAUGACUAUGGGACUCUCAAGACAACCUAUUACCAGCUGGCCCUGGACAUCCUGGCCCUGUGUGUGGAGAACAGCCUAGAUGUUGAAGAUGCCAGCGUCAUCCUUGCUAAGGCAGCACUGGCUAAUGAGUUGGAAUUUGGAGGUUAUUUCUCUGUAGACACGGGGGCAGUAGCAAGCUUGGCACUGACAUGUGUGAGUGAAAUGAGCAAGAUACAGCAGAGCGAGUUUGUGACAGUUAUUGAAGAAGCACUGACUAAAAUCACAAAGCAAAUCCUGGGUGAACAACACAGCAAUGGCAUCAUUGGAAAUAUCUACUCCACUGGCCUAGCAAUGCAGGCACUCAGUGUUACUUCUAAAUUUUACAAUCCUGGGGCAUGGGACCGUGUGAAGACUACUAAGGAAGUACUAAAGGAGAUUUCACUGGGAGCCUUUAAUAUCCCUGCUGCUGCUGCUCAAAUCCUGCCUUCUCUAGUGGGCAAAACAUAUCUGGAUGUGAGGGACGGAUGUGGUUCCACCAUCACAGUACAAUACACCAUAUCUAAUAGCAUCGUAGGACCCAGUUUCAGCUAUUCCAUCACUGUCAAUGUGCCAAAGGGCUCAGUGCUGCUCACUGUCUUGAAUGCAGCUCAAUCUGCUAAACCAAAUGAAUUCAGCUUUCAAACAGAGGAGACCUCAUGGGGGCCAAUGGUUGUUUCCAUCCAUAACGUGCAAGCCAGCACCAACGAGAAGACUUACUGGCAAUUUUUAAGUGGUAAAAAACCCCUCGAUCAAGGGGUUGGCUCCUACAAGCCAGUAGACGGUGAACAUAUUAGGGCUAUCUUCAGCCGAUACUGAAUGGGCAGCUUUCUGACGAAGGACAACUAAGGUUCAGAAAUACAUGUGCCACAGAAUACCCUUCCUCCAAGCUAAGCAUUAACAGAUGUUGCAGCUUAGAUGUACAAUAUUCAACCUUGCAUGCUUUGUCAUAACUGCAGUGCUGUCAAGCUGAAAAUAAAGUGUAGUUGGAUUGCAAUGUAUCACCUAAAGCAUUUUUCAGAUUGUUCUGCAAUUCAGUAACA